CCCUGGGUGGAGAGCUGGGGUGUAUAUAAGGGGUGUCUCUCUCUCUGAGCGGAGAAGUCCCUUCAUCCCUCUCUCAAACACUCCAACACAAGGACUCUCUCGUUCCUCAAGAUGACGGCAGGGUUGUGUGUGUGUGUUCUGUUGGUGGUCCUGUCCACUAGCUGUUUGGGACGACCCCAGUCCUCUCCCCCCCUCCAAGAGGGCGACCCUGCCAUGCCCCCUUCCUCUGAAGCACGUCUUGAAGCCUACGCCCACUUCCUCUCCAAGCCACGCCUCAGACAGACACGCUCCGCCCCUUUGGACAAUACCGUCCCAUAUACGGCAGAAGAAGAUGGAGACUCCAGAGCCAACCUCAGUGAAUUGUUGGCUAGACUUAUCUCCUCACGGAAAGGUUCUAUCCGUAAGAACUCAACAGUGAACAGCAGAGCUAGCGGUCUCAGUGCUAACCACCGGAUAAAAGACCGAGACUACAAUGGGUGGAUGGACUUCGGCCGCCGCAGUGCAGAAGAGUACGAGUACUCCUUGUAAAAAAAGUAGUCACUCUCUACGAGAAAACAACAAACUCAGUCACUGUCCCGCGAUAAGAGUAUAUUUAUUCUGUAUUUGUUUGUAAACACUACAUGAUGCAAUAUAUACAUAUGCCAAAUUUUUCAGGAAAUGUUUAAAGUUCUGGUUUUCUUUCCUGGUGUUCUGUCUGUUUAUGGUUUUGGAGGGAAUUGAAUGGAAUGAAAAAAGGUCAGGUGUUAAUGGAAAAAUAUAUAUGAUGUCAUGAGAUUCACUUGGAUCAAUAAAAGUUAAGUAUGAACAGUAUCUCAACAAAUGACUUCCCAAAGACACAUGCUCACACCCACGUAAGCAUGCACAGAUAACAGCUCACACAAAUAACAUAAUACCCUCAUGGUAUCACCUUAAGAUGUUAAACUAGAAAUAUAAAUAGUACGCAGUGGCUCAUUAUAAUACAUAAAGCUGGUAGAACACAGAGCUCACUUCUCUAGGACCCCAGUCCUGCUGCUUUUCAGUUCUCAAUUAACCAAUGAAUAUAAUUUACUGAUUUAUAAAGUGCAACGAUUGGUCAGAGUGCACACACCUGGUUUCCCAGGUCUGAAUCAGACUUUGAUUAAAAGGCAGGAUGAAAACUAGCAGACGCUGCAGCUGUGCCCCCUUCCCUUACAAACAUGUCAUUUGUGAACAACAGUACUGCCUGACAUAACUGGUGUGCAACAACAACCGACAGGGAAUAGACUUCAACAUCAUGUUGUGAUUCAUAUUUACUGUAUGUUGUUGACCAACAUCAUUAAAUGGCAGAUGUACCAAACAUCAAGCCCAGUCACUGAAAUUGAAGUUGAAAUUAUAUAGGGAAAUGUAGAUUUUGAUGUGUUACCAAUUCAAUUAGUUUUUUUAAUCAAUUGCUUAAGUUGACAAAAUGUUUAAAUAACAUGAAAGCAACAUUAGGUUAACCUGUUUGUGCCUGAUCGGAAUGUUGGCCUACAUACUAACUGAAAAUGAAAAAGUGUUUGGAAUACAGUAUCUUGGGACAUACCACGUUGAAGUGUUCUGUUACUUGAUGGGAAUAUUCCCAUCAAUAUUUAUUUUAUGUUCUGCUUGGUUUGUGUUCUGUCUGUUCUGUUCCUCUCUACCUGCUGAAAUAAAGACUGUUGGAGAUAGACUGUAAA